AUGUUGGUCGACGACAAUUCCAUCUUCUUGGACCCGGAGGUCCCGAAGACCCUUCCGCCUGAGCUGGUUGAACCUGCCGAUGUGGGCUCGGUCGAGGAGGCAUUGCAGGUCAUCCACGGCUGGCCAGAAAGCACCACGGAUACGCGUUCGGAGGACGGCACCAAAGCGCUACGGGAGCCUAGGAGGCCUCUCGCGCAUCGCGCACUGUCGCGUGCUUUAAUCAGCCGCAUACCGUUCGAAGUCGUUGAACUCGUCGUGGACUGUAUGUCUCAGGAGGGCCUAGGUGUCUGUGCGCAGGUUUGCCGGGCGUGGUACCAGGCAAGCGUCCGUAUUCUCUACAAGAACAUCACUAUCGCCACUCGUACUGCAUUCGACGCUCUUGUCGACUUCGCAUCCAGAGAUGCUCGUGCUCUGCGGAAGCUCGCGACAACGAGCGUGCUGCGAAUCGACGGGAAGGACGCCCCUGUACAUCUCGUUCCCGUCGUCCUCGCGCGGAUGAUGCCGGAGGUCCAGACGCUGGUGUUCAACCUGUCGCUGCGACCCCUUCUCCAUCCCACCUUCUUUCGCACGCUGCCAGCGAGCUGCGCCGUAUCAUCUGUGCGUUCCCGCUGCUCAAAUUGGGCGGGGUGGGAAAGGCCCCUGCCGUCCCAAAUCGUACAUCAGGGAUACGUCUGGAACGCGUGGUCCUCGGAUGGGGACUGA